AUGGACGAUAAAAAAGAAACCAUGGGAACAGUGUUUAAUGCGAGUACUACUAUUCACCCGACAGUAAUGGCAAAGUUGAAACCUACACGAAGGGAACAUAAAACCAUUGAACAAUUAUAUGGAACGGUAAACAAACGUGUGGAAAUAUAUAAUGUUACGCUAGAAUCAAUAACAAUACCGGAAUUUCACAUCAAGAUUGAAUGCAUCAACGCAGAAAGGGAAAUACUGACCUUUUUACCCAAUCCGAUGAUUAAGGAGGUAAAAAAGCAAUUUGCUAGACUUAGGAGACUGAAAUUUAGUAAUGGUGGAGAAGACGAUGAAAUACAACCUGUUUAUAUAAUACUUGGUGCUGCUGAUUAUCAACGAAUAAAAACUACCGAGCCGAUGGUUCUCGGAAAAAAUCCGGAUAAAGAUCCCGGAGCUGAAUUGACUAUGUUUGGAUGGACUUUCUCUGGGAAACAAAUGGAAUUAAGCUCUGGUAUUGAAAAGGGUUUUUUAUUAAACACUGGUCGUGAUGAGUUCGAGCAAAUGUGUAGUCUUGAAGUUCUUGGAUUGUCAGACACAAACAAUGAAUCAAUGUUCCACCAAGACUUUAGCGAAAAGCUGCACCAAACAAACGAAGGUUAUUAUGAAACUAGAAUGCCUUGGAAAAAAGAUGUUGUUAAACUGCCGAACAACAGAGAUCUGGCAAUUAAAAGAUUAAAAAGUACAACAAAUCGAUUGGAAAAACUUAACAAACUAGAGCAGUAUAAUGAAAUAAUGAUGGAACAGGUCAGUGAGGGAAUACUGGAAAAAGUGCCAGAAAAACCUACGGGAGAAAUUGUUCAUUACAUUCCUCAUCAAGCUGUAAUCAAGGAAAAUGCUGAGUCAACAAAAAUGCGAGUUGUUUAUGAUUGUUCAGUAAGAAAAGAUGCUCAAUCACCUUCAUUGAAUGAUUGUCUAGAAGUAAGACCUUCGCUGCAACCUCUAAUAUUUGACAUUCUAAUACAAAAUCGGAUGAACAAACUCUGCGUUUUAGCUGACAUUAAGAAAGCAUUUCUACAAAUCCGAAUUCAAGAUAUGGAUAGAGACGCACAACGAUUAAUUUGGUAUGAAGACUUAAAGAAAAUGAAAUUAAUGGAGUUACGAUUUACAAGAGUAAUUUUUGGUUCCAGUUUAAGUCUUUACAUUCUCGGCGCUACGAUUAAAAAACAUAUAUCAAAAUACAAGGAUAUUUAUCCAAAGACAGUAGUUGCUUUGGAAGAAGAUACUUAUGUCGAUGAUUUGCAAGCGGGUGGAGAAACGGAAGAAGAACUUAUCAGGUUUAAAUAUGAAUCAACACAAAUCUUGAACGAAGCUGGUUUUCAGUUGCACAAAUGGCAUAGCAACGUGAGAGAAUUGGAAAAUAAUGUUGAAGACAAAUUAACAAAAAUACUUGGACAUCCUUGGAACAAGAAAACAGAUCAAUUGUCAAUUGAAUUCUUUACUUGCAUCAAUAACAGAAAUAAAGAAAAUUUAACAAAAAGAAAAAUUCUAUCUGCAAUCAACAGUGUAUUUGACGUAUUAGGAUUUAGUGCACCUGUGUUAAUCACUGGAAAAAUACUGUAUAGUCGAGUAUGCUUAUUAAAAAUUGAAUGGGAUCAUCAAAUACCGAAGAAACUUUUGGAAGAAUGGCAAACUUGGAUUAAGGCAAUAAACAACAAAAGAAUUGUAUUGAUUCCUCGGUGUGUUGUGUCCGAAAGAAUUAACGAGCUAGUAGCUGCACAUACCUUAAGCAAGUUGAUGAACCAUGUCAGGAAAACAUUAGCCAAGUAUAACAUUAGUAAAGCUUUUGAUUGGGUUGACAGCACUGCUGUACUUUGCUCGCUAAAGGAAAGAGGCAGUUGGUCACAGUUUGUAAGAAACUGA